AUGUCUACCCUCAGUGUGCCAUCAGCAGUGGCUCACAUGGGGAAAGCUGCACGUUUUAUUCCCAAUGAGGGUAUGGAUGUGCGAAAUUUAUCUUUUGGACAGGAGUCAUCGGGUCUGUCAAGCUCGACGAGCCAUUACCACCUCUCCGAGGUUGACGCCUCCCACCAAGGAACCUUGCAGAUCUUAUCUAGUGAAGGGUCGGAGCACACAUCAAGCAAGGUGUGUAAUUCAGUACUUCCCUGUGGCAUUGACCCAUCUGUGCUUGUCAUCUCACAAUCCCAGAAGCAGAAGUUAGAUCAUAUCACAGUUGAACCUUCAUCAAAUCUCGAGAAAAUAUUGGCAAAGCUUGCCCCUCAAUCAAUCCCUCUCCGUUCCGAAACCGAUCGGUCUUCUGCCACAUCGCAGUCGGUCACACACCCAAUCCCGGUUUCCGACCUCAACCAAGCCACUCAGUCCUAUAGCCACGAGGAUAAAGCGGGAGAGUUGCUUCGACUUAAACAGGAGCUUCUCGCUGCAAACUCGAGAAUAGCUCUCCAAGAGCAAGAGCUUGCCCAGACUCGGGUCAUCAAGCACACCCUGGACCAAGCCCUUGGUAAUCCGUCAGAGGUAGACACUGGGACUCGUGAAACCACAGAGCAGACCAUUAGUCACCUGCAGAACGCGUUUAACGCAUCGAGCUCUGCGUUUGGUCAUUUCUCGGAUGCCUGGGGUAGUCAUGACGAUACCCAAUCUGACAGCUCGGAUCUAUUGAAUAAGUCUCGUGGGCUCUGGGUCCAUAACGGGUCAUCUAUGGACAGGGAAUAUGCAGAGUCUCCAGCCACUAGCAGCUCCAUGACCCUGGAUCCGAACCGAUACUGGGGAGUUCCAAGUGUAUAUCAGCCCUUGGCUGGACAGCAUGCUCUACAGCCUCAGAGGGCGCUCCCAGGUCCUUCAACCAGCCCAUGUGGGUUCUUCCCCCGCCCUGUCGCCGAACAAACGCGAUAUACUGCUGGCUCAGUCAAUGGGACUCGCCGUGAAAUUUCACAAAGCCACCGAAGUGGAUCUCUGGUUCCAAUCCACUCUGCUCUUUGGGGCGAGCUUGCCCCUGGAUCUUCUGGCGAGCUUGCCCUCAAACAGCCUGCAUCACCGAUGAAGAGAUCGCCCAGUGCUCUUCAGCAGACUGGAGCUUAUUCCGUGACGCCUUAUUUACCCCGACCAAUUGGUAGUCCACUUUCGCCGACUGCCAUCGAGUUCACAGGGCCUGCCCUGAACGAGAGCACAUGGAGUUCCUCGGUAGGGAUCAUGCCACCAAGCCUUCACGUUGAAUGUCAAUCUAAUCCUUUCUUGGCUGUCCAGAUUAGCUCCUCUCAAACCUACGUCUCCCCGCUCGAGCCAUUGAACUACAGACGUUUGCUUGACAAGAAUGUGUCCUGUGAUUGGAAGUACAUUGUGGACAAGAUCGUUUGCAACAAUGACCAGCAAGCUUCAAUCUUUCUGCAGCAAAAGCUUAAAGUCGGAACAUCCGAACAGAAAUACAACAUCAUCGAGGCAAUUGUGCAUCAAGCAUAUCCACUCAUGGUGAAUCGCUUCGGGAACUUUUUGGUGCAGCGCUGCUUCGAGCAUGGAACGCCAGAUCAAGUCAUUGCCAUCGCGAAUGCUAUCAGAGGCAACACGCUGAACUUGAGUAUGGAUCCAUUUGGUUGCCAUGUGAUCCAAAAGGCUUUCGACUGUGUUCCAGAAGAGCACAAGGCCAUGAUGGUCCACGAGCUUCUGCGCCGCAUCCCGGAGACGGUGGUUCAUCGAUAUGCAUGCCAUGUCUGGCAGAAACUCUUCGAGCUUCGCUGGAGCGGUGAUCCUCCUCAGAUCAUGACCCAAGUCAACGAGUCACUCCAUGGAAUGUGGGAUGAUGUCGCUCUGGGAGAGACAGGUAGCUUGGUGGUUCAGAAUAUCUUUGAAAACUGUGUCGAGGAGGAAAAGCGUCCGGCCAUCGAAGAGGUGAUAGCCAAAAUUGACGUCCUCGCCCACGGUCAAUUCGGAAACUGGUGCAUCCAGCACAUCUGCGAGCACGGUGCUCCUCACGACAAGAAUCGUGCCAUUGAGCAUGUCAUUCAUCGCGCUGUUGACUACAGUAUGGAUCAGUUUGCCUCUAAGAUCGUGGAGAAGUGCCUCAAGAUUGGCGGGUCAAACUUUAUGGACCGGUAUCUCGACCGUCUCUGCACAGGCCGUUCUGACCGACCCCGUAUGCCAUUGAUUGAUGUUGCGGGAGAUCAGUAUGGCAACUAUCUCAUACAAUGGAUUCUAAUGAAUGCCGAGACUCACCAAAGAGAUCUCGUGGCUGGUCACAUUCGGAAACACAUGGUCUCUCUUCGGGGUUCCAAGUUUGGAUCACGAGUCGCCAUGCUUUGCUGUAACCCAUCCCAUGCUACGCGCCCUGGCCCCGGUGCCGGUAUGCAAAUUGGCCGAUUCAACAACUUCAACGAUGAGAAGUUCACACCCGCGAGCUCAUCCGGUAAUCGAUUCGGUCGCGGGAGCACAUGGGUACCCGGAUAUACACCAUCAUCACGUUGA